GAGGGGCUCGUUCCUUUUGUCGUCAUGUCUGGCCGCGGAAAGCAGGGAGGCAAGGCUCGCGCCAAGGCUAAAUCCCGUUCGUCUCGAGCCGGGCUGCAGUUUCCAGUGGGCCGCGUGCACCGUUUGCUCCGCAAGGGUAACUACGCCGAGCGUGUGGGUGCCGGAGCUCCGGUUUACAUGGCGGCGGUCCUGGAGUAUCUAACUGCUGAAAUUUUGGAGCUGGCGGGAAACGCAGCUCGGGACAACAAGAAAACCCGUAUCAUCCCCCGCCAUUUGCAGCUAGCAGUACGCAACGACGAGGAGCUCAACAAACUCCUCGGGGGAGUCACCAUUGCUCAAGGCGGUGUCCUGCCAAACAUCCAAGCCGUUUUGCUGCCCAAGAAAACCGAGAGCCACAAGCCUGGCAAAAGCAAAUAGACGUUAAGGGGGACUAGACUUGUGUCCCUCCACACCCCUCCCCCCCAAAACGGCUCUUUUAAGAGCCACCCUCAUCUAUCAGAUUAAGGGGCUAUUAUCACUAAACAAAAACAUCAAGUUUAUAAUAAAUGGCAUUUCAG